AUGAAUUAAUUUAGUGAACAAUGUAAAUAAAUAACUGGACAAUAAAUGCAAAUCAUCCAAAAUUACUAUUAAUUCCUUGUGUUGAAUAAGAAAGAGGAAGAGAAUGUGGAAGAUAACAAAGAUGAAAAUAAGAAUAAUGAGGAUACAUAAAAAGUAAAACAAAAGGAAGAAUAUAUGAAUAUCAGAACCAAGAAUAUCAGAGAAAAUGAUUUAGUUUAUAAUAGAUUCUCUUAAGAAAUUGAGUCACUGAAUUCGUAGCUUAUAUAUGACUGCUAAUUUUGUCCAAAACUAUUCAAAAAUAAUGUGAAUUUGUAUUGGCAUACUUGUUAGAAACAUUAUGAAGAAAAUUAGUGA